CUAGCAGCGGAUGUGAUUGGCCGGGGUUGUUGGCGCGCCCGGCCCGCGUGGGCCGGAUGCGCAAGUGUUGAGGGGGUCCUCGGAACCCCAUAAUUUUCUUGGGCGCCUUCCCGCCCAGGGCCAGCCGGGCUCCGCGCAGCCACAGGCUGAGGCCAGCGACUGCUGCUCUUUUCAGUGGCCGCCGGUCAGAUGGAAGAGCCUGCUGGGAAACCCCUCAGCUGUGAGGAGAAGGAAAAGUUGAAGGAAAAAUUAGCAUUCUUGAAAAGGGAAUACAGCAAGACACUGGCCCGCCUUCAGCGUGCCCAAAGAGCCGAGAAGGUUAAGAAUUCUAUUAAGAAAACAGUGGAAGAACAAGAUUCCUCAUUGCAGCAAGAAGUUUCAGUACAACUAAACCACUCAGAACCUAGAAGCAGAUUAUCUCCCUGUGACACAUUACAAAUCCAUGCCCAUGUUGAUGAAGAAACUGGAGAAAAGACACCUGUCACACUUGAUAUUGAGCCUGAGUCCUUUAGCCCUGGACCUAGCCCAGUAGGAGGAUUAUGUAUACAAAGAUCAGAUGAUGUCCAGGAACAUUUUCCCUACGGCCUCAAUGGCCCUGAUGGUAAGAAAAGUCAGAGUAAGCUGCUAGGAAGAAGAAAGAAGUUGGAGAAAACACUGACUUCGCAGGAGAGAGAAUCUUUCUUUGACACUGAUUCACUCAUACUCUCUGGAAAAAGACUAAAGGAAGGGGCGGAAGUCAAUAGAGAAAAUCCUGGGGUCCCUAUAACUGAAACAAGAACUUCCCUUCCAAGUCCUAAGUCUGACAUUCCCCAUUCUGCAGCACCCGUUCCAGAAGCUAACGUAGGGAGUGUCUUAAUUCCAUCAAAUGGCAAACCGCACAGAGAUGUCGGUACACUCUCAAGAGGACAUAAUUUCCCCAGGGUGCCUGCCCUUCCUUGGCGUACUCCGUCAGACAGCAGUGGUCUGCAGCUUCAACAUAAGCCUCCUGAAAGUAACUAUGAACUUAUUCCUUCUGGUUUAAAAAACAUUAGCCCUGCUCCACCCGCAAACUUAGAGGCACCCAACCAAAAAAUGACUCUCUUUGCAGAUAACACAGAGGUAAACAAAGCUGUAAGCGCAAGUGGUCAGCCACCUAGAAGUCGUAACUUAGAAGCAGAUCAUUCAUGUUCUGUAAAGGAACUCACUUAUGAUGAGUUUGUGGCAAGUGAAAACCCAAAUUUUAAAGAACGGAAUCACCCAGAGAUGUCUUUUAAAUCUUCCAGUAAUGCGCUUGGUGGUAGAAAUGGAAAUCUUCUGGAAAAUGAGGCUCUAAGUCAACCAAAGAGUCUUAGCUUAGAAGUAUUUUCUCCUGUCCCUAUAGAAGAUCAAACACAUACUUGCACAAUGCUUGAAGGCCUUCCAUUUCCUGCGGAAUAUUAUGUUAGAACAACACGGCGCAUGUCAAAUUGCCAAAGGAAAGUGGCACUGGAGGCUGUCAUUCAGAGUCAUUUGGGUGUCAGAAAAAAGGGUUUUAGAAAUAAAAAUAAGGCACCUGCUAACAAGUUAAACCUUGUCAGUGAAAAAACUAACCAAAAUGAAAUUAAGGUGUCUGAUACAUACGCAAAACGAUCGAGUUCAAAAAGUCCUUCUCAGGAACUCCUCUCAAUUGAAGUCAGCUCUCCUGCUGGCACUACUAAAGAUGACUUCUCUAGGAAGACGGUUACCCAGCCAACUGGUAGAAAGUGCAGAGGAAAAAGAAAGUCAGUCUGUACCCCUAUGUCAGCUCAUCAUGAACUCCUUUUGCCAGCUUCUGGCACAUCAGGUGUUAAUAGUUCCAAGGAAGAAGUUGCCUUGCACCAAGAUCAGAAUGGAAAAGUAAUUAUUCAUGGGAAGGAAGGUCAUCGUCAAAAAGAGAACUCCCUUUCUUGCAGUAAUUCUGCUUAUUUGUCUUUGGCGGAUGAUACUUUCUGUGUUCCAUUUUGUAAGAAUGAAGUGCUCAGUUUAAAGCAGCUGUCAUCUUUUCUCAAAACCACAGACUUUCAGUUACCGGAUGAAGACUUUGGGCCUCUUAAGCGUGAAAAACUGAAGUCCUGCUCAGAGAAGUUGAUUGAGCCUUUCAGAUCAAAAAUGUGUGGAGACAGGCCUCUUAAAGGAGGAGAUUGUAUUGUCGAGGAACUGACUCCUAAACAAAUCCGUAUAGAAAAGGAAGACUUGGAAGAGGACCUGAUGAUUCGACCAGGAAAAGCCCAUCCUAAAAUGCCAAAGCCAAAAAGCCAGCCUCAGGAGAAGGGCCUGUCUUCAUCCAUUUUACUUUUGACUCCUGUAAACACGCUUGCACCUGAUGAUAAUGACAUCAGGGCGACAGCAGACCCGUGCUCACCUGCUUUCCCCAUCUUGGGCACUACUCCAGCUUUUGGCUCCCAAGCCUGCGGAGAAAAGGCUUUGGCAGAGGUUGUUGGACAAACUUGCUCUACCCCCCAGCUUUCGCACUUGCAAGCUGCAGUCAGCCUUGCUAGUGACCCUAAACACUGUGAAGGCUGGACCAGCCCAGCAAAACUAGAUGGAAGCCUGCAUGCAGCAGGAAAGGAAGGACCGCCUUCCUGUGACUGUGAUCCUGGUCCCCAAGCAACACCUCUCCUCACCAAGUCAUUCACCUACAAAGAAAAUCAGCUCUGUGUACAUACGUGCCAGGAAUCCUGGAAAUCUUCCAUUGAACAGACUGAAAUAGCAGAUGUUCCCACUUGUGAUAGCUUAACCCCAGGUACUCUACAAUUGGUUUCAAAGUUAAAGAAUCCUUCAGGUUCCUGUUCUGUGGAUGUGAGUGCCAUGUGGUGGGAAACAGCUGGAUUCAAAGAGCCUUGUAUCAUAACUGCUUGCGAAUAUGUAGUUUCUCUUUGGAAACCUCUGGAUACUUGGCAGUGGGAAAAAAUGUAUUCCUGGCACUUCACAGAGGUUCCGGUAUUACAGAUCAUUCUAGUGCCUGAUGUUUGUGAUCUCGUGUGUGUGGCUUUGGGAAAUUUGGAGAUCAGAGAAAUCAGGGCACUACUUUGUUCCUCUGAUGAUAAAAGUGAAAAGCAAGUCCUCCUGAGUUCUGGAAAUAUAAAAGCUGUGCUUGGCCUGACAAAGAGGAGGCUAGUCAGUAGCAGUGGGACUCUUUGUGAUCAGCAAGUAGAAAUCAUGACAUUUGCACAGGAUGGAGGAGGCAAAGACAGACAGUUUCUGAUGCCCCCUGAAGAGACUCUCCUAACUUUUGCUGAGGUUCAAGGGAUGCCGGAAGCUCUGCUUGGUACCACUAUAAUGAACAACGUUGUUAUUUGGAACUUAAAAACUGGACAGCUCCUGAAAAAGAUGCACAUUGGUGACUCCUACCAAGCUUCAGUCUGUCACAGAGCUUAUUCUGAAAUGGGGCUCCUGUUUGUUGUUCUGAGUCACCCUUGUGCCAAAGAGAGUCAGCUGUUGGGAAGCCCUGUGUUUCAGCUGAUUGUGAUUAACCCGAAGACGACCUUGAGUGUGGGCGUGAUGCUCUACUGCCUUCCUCAGGGGCAGGCUGGAAGGUUCCUGGAAGGUGACGUGAAAGAUCAUUUUGCAGCAGCAGUACUGACUUCCGGAAGCAUUGCCAUUUGGGACUUACUCCUAGGUCAUUGCACGGCUCUCCUUCCUCCCAUCUCUGACCAAAAUUGGUCUUUUGUUAAAUGGUCAGGUACAGAUUCUCAUUUGCUGGCUGGGCAAAAAGAUGGAAAUAUAUUUGUAUACCGAUAUUCAUAAGUUAGGGUAGGGUGGAAACACAGUGUUCUGGAUAUUUUCGGCCUCUUAGUACUUUUUGCAGUUAUAAUUGUAAAGGAGACUAUCCGAAAGGUGUUUAAAAUAAUGUCUUGUAUUCCUUUAGACAUGCUUGUUAUACCGAUGGAAGGGGCACUACUGAUCUUGAAUGUUCAUUUAUACUUGAGGGAAAGGGAUUGUCAGUUGAUUUCUGUAAAUCCGCUCACAUUUGCACAUUUGCUUUUAAAAGUGUAUAUAAAGCUUCAGAUGUUAAUAAAUAUUUUAUUUUGGUAC